AAGAAUUUUUGGUUGUAUUAAGAUUUAGUUUAAAAACGACAAAAAUGGCCACGUCUUUGGCACAACAGUUGCGGAAGCUGCAAGCUCCGCAAACAUCAAUACAAUUGGCAGACGCACAUAGUCGCGCCUCUAUUCUGUUCGAUCCAAAAGAAGCAGCCAACAAGGACAGGCGUGAAAUUUUCGACAUUGCUUCUAGUGGCUUGCUGGAGCUCCAGACGUUUAAUCCGGCCUUCAAGCAAUUCGAGUUAACGCUCUUUGAUGAGGCGAGCAUCACUAUGGAACGGGCCGUGGAGACUGCUGAAGUGAAUAAGCUGCUCGACUUAAAUAUUGCAAAGUUUCUGCAACAUUUAUCACCAUAUUUUUUGCUGAGGCCUGCGCACAUGUGCUUCGAGUGGCUGUUGCGCCGCUUCCAGGUGCAUGUGUACAAUCGUGAUGAUGUCAUGGCACUCAUUUUGCCCUACCAUGAGACAAAUACUUUUGUGCAGGUGCUGCAAACGAUGAAGCUGAGGGACUGCCCGAAUUGGGACUGGCUCGGUCGCUUGCAACGACCCGGCGUGACGCUAGCUAAAUCAGCAAUCAUCAAUCGUGCCUCUAGCGAAAAAGAGUUUCUCAACUUCAUUUGUCGGUCCACACAAAGAGCUGUUAAGGAAAUGGGACCACGCGCCCAUCAAUUGCAGACCCAAUUGAAUUUCUAUUCCACUGUUGUUGUGGGAGUACUGCAGGUGGCAGAACCAGUGAAGGACUGGCACAUUACCAGCAUACUGGAGUCACUGCUGCGCGGCUUACGCUCGGGCACGCUGGACUUUGUAGCCGCCUCAUUUGUGAUUUUGGCCCAGCUCGUCUUGCGCACCAAACUUAAGAUGAAAAUAUGCAAUGUUUUUCUGGAACGUGUCGCGAACUGCACCUUCGAACGUCUACAUAAAUCGGCACUGCAGUUGCUCAUUCUCAUACUGGACAAGCAGCAGUCGGCGAGACUUAAAUUUCAACCGGAAACGAUGCUCAAUCUCGUGCGCCAACGCUGGCUGAUCCCAUCGCUGGUCAGUUUGACCAAGGAGAACAUUGCCAUUCAAGCCAUUUGCAUGCCUCUGGUAAGUGGCGCCGUGUUGGCUGUGCGUAAGGAGCAACCAUCCUCAGAAACCUAUCAACAGUUUCUCAAUCAGCUGUUGGUGGAAGUGCCAUUGUCCCAAUCAAGCGCUGAACAAAUUAUUAAUUGCUUUCUGGACAACUACGUCAACACAGAUGGGCACCCAAAUUUGAAAAAACCUCUACAGGAAAGCGAUAAUGGUACAAUACUCUUAGAUUCGGAUGACGAAAUGGAAGGCAUAAAGUCUAAUUUUCGAACCUGGUAUACUGAUUACUUGGCAAAGCUGGAGCGAAGCUAUCCAGUUGCUUUUGAUAUGUGUGUGAAGGAAGCACUAGCCAGUAAACAAAAAACAAGCACUCGACAACAGGCCUUGCGACUAGCUUUGGGCUUCCGUUUAAACACCACAGACGACCGUGCAAAGGUGGCCUACGAGAAGCUUUAUCACUAUAAUGCCGACUGGCGUUUGAGUGCUGUAAAAAGUCUGUUAAAAAGUUUGCAGGUGCCCAAGAAACGUGAACGCAGUUACACGCUUUUACAGCAGUGUCUGGCGGAUCGCAUCAAGGACGACAGCGCCGCUGUCGUUGGCGCAUUACUAAGCGAACUGUCCACUGCGGAUUUUGUGCAAAUGCUUGGCCCUAAGCAAUUUGCCCAAACUCUAUGCGAACUUGUUAAGAGAGCGCAACUACAGCGCGAGGAAUGGUUAGAGUUUGUGCCGCAGGCUGUGCAACACUUGACAAGCGGCAUUGUAAGCGAGAGCUUUGAUAACAAUCUGUUGUUAUUGGCCCUGAUGCCGUACCUCUUUCCCAGCGAAGCUACGCUGCAUGCCCGCGAGCACGAGGUUCUAUUAAUUAUUGUCAACAGUGAGUUUUGUGCGAAGGUGCAGCUGUUGAAAAAUUUGCAAGUGAACCAGAGCUUUGAAAAAUUUAAUGUGGGCGAGCAUCGGCAACAUUUUUUGGACAUCAUAGCCAGCGAAAAAUCGUCAAAGGAGCAGCAAUCAUUAAGCGCUGAAACAUUGCUACAAAGCGUUGAAGCGCAUGGAGGCGUCAAAUUUCUGAAGGAGGCAGCCAAUCUCACGCACUUGUUGCUGUUGCUCACUGCCUACGCAAAACGCAAAUUAAAUGCCAGUGAGGCCUUGAACAUGCUUGAGAAAGUGCGCAAUUACAGUCAUGGAUUUGAGCUGCGAAUGGCGGGCACUACCAGCCAUAAUAAUCACAACACCAAAUAUGUGUCUCUAGAGUUAUUUGCAGACUUUAUGGAAACGCUCACAGGCCAUGUGAAAUUUGAGGAAUUGGAAAACACGAACUGGACACAGCCAACUGAUGAGCUACGCUUGUGCCUGCUCCUCUUGGACGACAUAACAGCGCGUAUCUAUGACAAGCGUGCGUCCGCGUCAGAUCGUCAAUUGUGGCUGGACACAAUGAAGCAAGUUUUGAACUUCAUGCUGCCGCAGGCCCAACAAAAAUUCGACUUCUUGAGCAAUUUUUAUGUGUACGAUGAGCUGCCGCAAAUCUAUAAGAAUUCAGCAGACUAUGCGCUGUUGCGUGUGCGCGGCUUCAUGCUGCUCCAGGCCGUGCUAAAGAACAACUUGCAAAUAGACUGCAAGCUGGAACAUGUGCUGCGUUUAUCGCAGGCCUGUGCCUCCCCUCUUCCGACGCUGCGCACACAAGCUGUGCAAACUUUGGCUCUACUUCCCCGGUUGGAGCCACAUGUGGCUUAUUUUGUGGAAUCGCUGCUGGCGCGCCGCAGCGAACUUACCAUGGACCAUGAACAAUAUGCGCUGAUUAUGUUCACCAUUUUGGAGCCGGGCAAGCAAAUAGCGAAGCAAAAAUUGCUGUUGGCAAAGCUGCGCCGGGAGUAUUUUGCUUUGAUUUCCGAUGCCCAAAAGCUGCCAAGUUGCACUGCCGCCCUGCUGCGGCCACUAAAACAUGUCAAUAAUGAGGAAAUGCUGGGCAUCUUGCUGCCUCUAGCCCACUCGGCUCUGGAGAAAAUUGACGCCACCUCGUCGGAGGGACUGAAGAAACUGGAAUCACCUUACAGCAACAUAUAUCAGUCCAUAGUGGAACGCUUCGAGGGAAAUGUGGCGGUGAGUGUUUUACAACGCAACCCGGAGGCGUGGAACCUAUUUGAGCUGAGCUUUGCCAAGCAUGAUGUUUAUAUACAGACGGAACAGAAGCUGCAGCCUUUGCCGUGUGUGCUCCUAAACACCCUAACACCUGAGACCUUUGAGCGAAUGCAAGCCAAGCAUAAAGUGGGCUUGAUAAAGCUGAUCAUUCAGGCAGCAACACAAUCUGAUAAUGAUAGCAUCUUUCUAGCUGCUCACAAACUGCUCAAACGUUGUAUUAUUGAGUGCCAGCCAUUGGUCCCUAUGUUGUCUGAGGUGUGCAGUCAGAGCAUGCAGCUGCAAAAGCCGCUGACUCGGAGCCGUCGCACCGGCAUCAACGCACAAUUAGAUUUGAGUUCCUUGAGCUGGAAGCAGGGCAUGACACUGCUGGAAUUGCUAGAGCACAAGAAGCACCUUCUGAACGCUGAGCUCCUGAUACCUGCUUUAUUCGGACUGCUGCAGGCCUGUCUGGAGCUAGAGGAGCACAGUGCAGCUGAGCAUCCCAAACAGUUGAUACUCUCCUGUCUGCUGCAUUGUUGUCAAACGGCUGAAACGGCUGGCGUGAACGUGAAGAAGGUGCUACCAGAGUCCUGCUUUCGUAUUGAGCUGGUCGUGCAAUGCUUGCGCAACACACAGAAUCCACAAACACAACAACAUGCUCUGCUCUUCCUCACCCGCUGUGCUGACCUGUAUCCUCAACAGGUGCUGCAUAAGAUUGUGGAGAUCUUCACGUUUGUGGGCUCCACAGUGGCGCGAAACGACGACGCCUUUAGUCUGCACAUUAUUAACAAUGUGGUGCUCUCCAUUAUACCAACAUUGCUGCAACAGCCCGCCCAAGGCAAGCCCCUUGUUGUGCCGGUCCUAAAAGUGUUCUCGGACAUAUGCAUUGAUGUGCCGUUGCAUCGUCGCCUGCCACUUUAUGCCACGCUCUUCAGCGUGCUGGAACCCAAACGUCAUCUCUGGCAGUUUCUCUGCAUUGUGCUGGAAGCACAGACGGUGAUGGAGCAGCAGCCAGCCCAGGUGGACACGAACAACACACGUCUGGAGUUUGCACGCGAACUGACACUGAUGUUCGAUGACCCAGAGCUCAUAUUGGAAACCUGUGUGUGCUUGCUGGACUAUCUCGCCCAACUGCCAACCAGCAAGUCGAACGACGGUAAUACGAAGCAAAGCAACUCAUCGAUUCUGGAAACGGAACAGCAACUUUUUGAUGUGCGAACGCACAGCUUCAAGCAAUUGCGUCACUAUAUGUACCUCAUCACCGACUAUCUGUGCAGCUUAAGCGGCAGUACGGAAUUCAAGACGAAACUGGACGCGCCAACGGCUGUCGCGCUGCAGAACCUCAAGCCCUUCUAUCAGGACUUCAUACUAAAAACGCUCGGCUAUGUCACUGUGGCGAACAAUGCGUUACUGAGUGCCGCUGGCACGCUCUCGCUGGAGAAGUACUGGCGGGUCAUUGGCAAUCAUGCGCACGACAUUCUGAACAAUGCCAUCGGACUGCUCUCACCUGAAUAUUUCCUCAGCGUCAUCACCGAAUUGCUGCAACAUGAAAUAAUCCAUGUGCGCAUCAAAGUCCUGGAGCUGUUGGCUGACAAGUUGCAGGCGAAUAAUGAAUACUUUAGUAACUGCGAUUCCAAGCAUUUUGGCAUAUUGUUCGCACCCUUGGUUGACAUUGUCGACGUCGUCCUGAAUCAGAAUGCCAACAAUGCCCAGCAGGCGCAGUUGCAACAAUCAGCACUGCAUGCCAUCCAGCUGUUGGCCCAACGCUAUGGCCGUGAAUACAUUACGGAAUGUCGUUCGCUGCUGGCUACACUCACGCGAAUCACGAAAAUGCGCUCGAUGGUGCCCAAGGCAGUGGUGGGCAAUGUACUGCUCACUCUGGUCGAAAUCUGCGCCAGCCUUAAAGCUCAUGCACUGGCUCAGUUGCCCAAGUUCAUGCCACAAUUGACGGAAAUGCUGAAGGAGCAGCUGCUGCAACCAGCGCCAGACUAUCUAUGCUCCGCUCUAAUCACAGCUAUUCAGAAACUGUUUGUUGCCCUGCCUCUAUUUCUGGCACCAUAUCUGGUUGAUAUAAUCACCCCUCUGGCUCACCUCUCCACGCAACUAAGUCAGGACCAGUUGGCACAGGAUAAGCGCGCCCAGGCGCUUCAGUUGCGAAUUGACGACGUUUGGCUGAGCAUUGCGAAGGGCACAGAAGUGCGCGUUCUUGUGCCCAGCUGUGCUAAGGUCUACGCCAAUCUUCUGGAUGCGCAGAGCUACGAUGAGCUGUCCACUCUAAUGAAGCUUUUGCUGCAGUGUCUGAAGCAUAACAACAAUGCGCAGCUGCAACCUGUCCAAUCGGAACUUGGAGAGCUGUUUCUGCAGGCGCUGGAGUUUAGACUGCACGUGCGUGGACGUGGUCUGAGUCGCGAGCGCGUUGAUCAGAUUGAAGCAGCCGUCAUUGAGGCCUUCGUCCAUUGGAUAUUGAAGCUGUCGGAGACCAGCUUCAGACCCAUGUACAGCAAGGUCUAUAAAUGGGCCUUGCAGCAAAAUGAGCAACGCGAGCCAAUGCUCACAUACUUUUUGUUAACCAACAAAAUAGCCGAGGCCUUGAAGUCGCUGUUUGUGAUAUUUGCCGACAACUUUAUUCAGGACGCGGCGCGACUACUGCACGAACACAACAUGCUGAGAGAGAGCCACAAUAACGAGGAUGAAUCCCUGAACGAACAGCUGGUGUCCGCAAUUUUAAGUACCCUGCAGCUCGUGUUCCAGCACAGCACCAAUGAUUUCCUUAACUCGCAUCGUUUCAACACCUUAAUGCAGCCCAUUGUGGAUCAGCUGGAGAAUGAACUGGUAUUGAGUCGCGAAUCCCUGCAACAGUCGCUGACCACUUGCAUUGCCCAAUUGGCGGUGGCGGUCUCCAAUGAUGUACACUGGAAACAGCUGAACACUCAGGUGCUGCUGAAGACGCGCAUUCAGAAGCCCGAUGUAAAGAUAUUGGCCUUCAAUACCUGUGUCGCAAUUGCCCAAAAAUUGGGUGAAAGCUUUGCUCCGUUGCUGCCGGAGACGGUGCCCUUCAUAGCCGAACUGCUCGAGGAUGAGCACGAUCGUGUGGAGAAAAACACCCGUAGCGCUGUCCAGCAACUGGAGUCCAUACUGGGGGAGCCAGUGCAGAAAUAUUUGUAGAAACUGACUUCUUGAUUUGUGUUAAAAUAAUUAUAAACAAUAAAACGCUGUACCUAUA